AUGAAUUUACUAUUCUUAACCCAUCAAACUGUUAUAUAUUAAUUUGAUGCAAAGGAUAACAAUAUUGAUAGUAAUAAUUGAAAUGUAUAUUAGAUUGGAUAUCAGAGCAUCAGAAUUAUUAAUUCUCUUCUUGCGGAGGAAUUCCCUAUUUUUAUUCAAGUGAUCAGAAUAUUAACCAAUUAUAUUUAAACCUCGAACCUCAUUCUCAUAUUUAAGUAGACGCAGAGAUUAUAAUGUAAUGAUAAUUAUUUUUCUAUUAAUAGUUUUGAGAAUGGUUUUAAUACUUUUUACUUAGAUCUUUAAUAAGAAAACUAUUAAAUAGAGAAAUAAUCAUAAUAUAGUUUCACUUGUGGUGUAUCAAUAAUUUAACUUGUGUAUAGUAUUUCAAUUAGUCUUUUGCAUAACAGAAGAAGUUUAUCGAUGAGAAUUUAAUACAGCAACUUCGGAUUAAUAAAAUUAUCAUUAAGUACAAAAUGUGAGUAUCAUUGUGCAGAAUGCUUCAACAAAUAUUAAGGUUAGUGCUUAUCAUGGAAACUCCAUUAAUAGUCAUUUAAUUAGUAAGCCAUUCCAGCAAAUUCUGAUGGAUGGUCUUAUAGUUUGAUAUAUCAGUAGUUUUGGGAUUGUGGGGAAUGCUAAUUUUUAGAAUUUAAUCUAAUCACUUAUUCCGUCAUACUACCUUCUCAUCAAGAUAUAUUGAUAAGAUUUUUUAGAAUAAGGAAUUCUCUCUAUUUAGAUUAUACUUAUGAUUACACAAUUAUCAAUAGUGGAUAUGGAUAAGUAGAUAUAUUAAUAAAAAAUCAUCCUGAUUUUCUAUUCUAACUGGAAAUUAGACCCCAUAUAUUUGGAAGUAUUGGAUUUAUAAGAGAUUUUGAAAUAUUUUACAGUUAGCAAGCAAUAAUAAUAAUUCAUAAUGUUAUUUUAAACUGUUUAGAUUAAGUUGGCGAUUAAUGUAUAAAUUGCUAAGAGGGUUGGAUUUAAGAUGACUCACUUUAGAAUUGCCAUCCAAUAUGUGGGGACGGUAUCAUUUAAGGAUAAGAACAAUGUGAUGAUGCAAAUCAAUUAUCAAAUGAUGGCUGUUUUUAAUGCAGGUUUUCUUGCCCUUUUUUUUGCUAAUAAUGUGAGUUUGGAAAAUGUUUGAGGUUUUAAUCAAAUUAAGAAGUAAUUGAUAAUAGAUGUUAUGAAUUAAAUAAUAUUAUUGGUUUAGAACCAUCGUUACAUGAACUCUAAAAUUCAAUUUCUAAUUUAUUAGUUUAUGGAUGUUAUGGCCAAGUUGAAUAUCAAUUGUUAUUAGAAUAUUAGCUUACUCAUGAGUGGCCAAAACCCAUUUACACUUUGAAUUAACCCUUAUAAAUACAUGAUAUCUAUAGAUAUUAUUUUAAGAGAAAAACAAUAGAAAAUUGCUUAUUUAGUUAAUUUGAUUAAUGCUUAGAAUGUUAAAUGUUUUAUAAGCCAUCUUAAAACAAGAAUAAGUGCAUUCCAAAAUGUGAUGAUGGAAUUAUUAUUGAAAAUGAGAUUUGUGAUGAUUUAAAUAAUAUUCAAUUCGACGGUUGCUAUAAAUGUUAAUUAAGUUGCUAAUUAGAAUGUAAUUAAUGCAUCCAAUAAUAAUGCUAUUCUUGUAUUGAUGGUUGGUAGCUGAUAGAUUAAAAAUGUUAUUAAAUAUGUGGAGAUGGAUUAUUGGCUAUCUCUUCAUUAGAGUAGUGUGAUGAUGGAAAUUAUCAACCUAAUGAUGGAUGCUAUAAUUGCAAUUUCGAAUGUAAUUCAUAUUGUUUCUAAUGCGAUAGUUCAAAUAAUUGUUUAUUAUGUGUAGAAAACUUUGAUUUGACUGAAAAAAAUUAAUGUAAACCAAUAUGUGGAGAUGGAAUUAUUAUAUAAGAAUUAGAGGAAUGUGAAGAUUUAAAUGAUAUUCAAUUCGAUGGUUGUCAUUAAUGUUUCUUUUAAUGCAAUUAGAAUUGUAGUAAAUGUGUUCAAGGUAUGUGCUAGUAAUGUACUGAAGGAUAUGAUUUAAUUAUAAAUGAAUGUCAAAAAGCAUUAAUUGAUGAAUCAGGUGAAAAUGAUGAAUUCAAUGUAAUCAAAGUCGAAAAAUGUGGAGAUGCGUAUUAAUCAACUUUUGAGUAAUGUGAUGAUGGAAAUCAAGAUAAUGGUGAUGGAUGUUCGAGCAAAUGCAUGCUAGAAGAAAAUUGGAGUUGUAAUUAGGAUUAACCUAAUUAUUGUUUUUUAUAAACUAAAUAUUCCUUAGAAUAUGAAAAUCAAACAUUUUAACAUCAAUUUGUUUUAUUAAAGUUUUCUAAUGAAGUGAAAUAAGUUUCAAAUUUAAAUUUUACUCAAUCAAUUUAACCUGUGAUAAUCAAUUUAAAUUAAAGUCAAUAUCAAAUAUCAAUUAACCCUGUAGUAGGUGUUGAUUCAGCAUACUUUACUAUGGCUUUGUUUGAGUUUGAUAUUGUCAUUUUUGAAUAAAUGUCAUUAGAACCAAAUUUUUCCAUUUCUUUCAACUCUUCUUUAGUUGAUAAUAACAAUAUGCUGGUUGGUCUCCCAUCAUAAUAAUUAUUACUUAAAACCCCUAAAGUUAUCAAUUAGAAGUAAAUUACUAUUGCAAAUAAGUGUCAAGAUAUUGGAAAUGUUUUAAUUAUAGGCUUAGGAGCUAUUAGCAUACUGCUUUUAUUAUUCAGAUAACCAUUCCAAUGUUUGGAAAUAUUUGACCUUUUACAAUUUUAAUCAUAUUUGAAAUUUGUAAAUAUUUCUUAUCCCUAAAAUCUAUAGAUUUAUUUUCAAUCUUCAGAAAUUGUAACUGUUAGCCCAAUUUUAAUAUACUUUAAAAUAACAGAUCUUCUUAAUAAUCUAAUUACUGAGAACUUCAUUCCAAGCAUAGGAAAGUUUUAAGAAUUUCAAACAAAUGCUGACCUACUUUUAAAUAUUUAGAGUUAAAUCUUUUAAAUUUUCUUCAUUGGUUUAUUGUACGUAUUUUUAUAAUUUUAUCCAAAAAUCACCCUUAAUUAUGCUUUUACAUUUAGAACUGUUUAUUUUAUAAGGGAAAAAUAAUUAUAAUGGCUCAAUCAGCUCAUAAUUAAGCUAUAUCAAAUUCAUACAAAUAUCUUAAAAUUAAAGAAGAUUUACUCUAGUAAAGGUUUUAUAUAACUUUUUUAUGCAAACUGCUGGGAUUUGUUUUUUAAAGUUUUUUUGUUUAUGAUCUCCAACACAGAAACAGGAUAUCGAUCAAAGACAUCUUAUGGUAUUUGCUUUUUAGUUUUGGGGGUGACCAUUAUCAUUUUAUUGUUGAAUUUUAAAGGAAUGAAUGAAAACUUGAAAGUUUCAAAUCUAAGAUUUUAAUAGUUUGAAAGCAUAACUUUAUUAAAAAAACUCCUAUUUAUCUUAAUAUUAACUGUUCAAUAAAGUAGCGGCAUAAUUCAAUGUGUCAUGCUAACACUUUUGAGUUUAGGUUACAUUGGAUUAUUAUUAUUGAUCAAAUAAAAUAUAGAAAGAAUAGAAUUAAUUGGAAUAAUUUGGACGGAAGUUCCAGUAAUGUUCUUUACAUUAACAAGUUUAAUUUAUUGUUCAGAUUUUUCAACCAUUAUGAAAUAUAAUGAAUAAAUUCUAAUAGGCUUUGUUUAAAUUUUAAUCUUGAUAUUUGGCUUAUUGGGACCAGUAAUCAAACUUGGAAUUUCCCUCUAUAAAGAUAUCAAAUUAUUUUAUGAAUAGAAAAAAUAGAAAAAAAAGCUCAAAAUACAUAAAAUGAUGUUAUUUAUUUGA